AUGGAAAAGUCUAUUAAUGGAGGAGGAGAUAUCAUCACUGAAAGGUAUACAUUUGUCAUUAUAGGAGGAGGAAUAGCAGGUGUGACGUGCGCAGAGACAACUGCAAUCUGUUGUCCCCACGAGUCUAUUCUUUUGCUGACAGAAUCUAAUGUAAUCAAGACGGUGGCAAAUUUAGAACCAGUCGCUCGGUACUUAUACAAAUUCGAUGUUCUUGAAAGAUCGUUAGCUAAUGCAACAGACAACAGCAGCGUUCGACAAUUGUUGGCCCCAUCUAUAGUUACUCAAGUCGACAACUUAAAGCAUGUGGAUGCCAAUGAAAAGUUUAUUAUAACCAAAAAGAACAAGAAAAUUUAUUAUAAGUACUUAUGUCUUUGCACAGGGGGAAGGCCUCGACUCAUCGAGAAUGACAAUCCUCUUAUAAUGGGAAUACGAGACACUGAUUCUGUGCUGGAAUUACAAAAGAAGUUGGCCAAUUCUAAAACAGUAGUACUGGUGGGUAAUGGUGGCAUUGCCAGCGAAUUGGCCUACGAGCUAAAGGGCAUCGAAGUCCACUGGGUGGUGAAAGAUAAUCAUAUCGCUUCAACAUUUAUUGAUCCGGGAGCAGCAUAUUUUUUUCAAAAAGUUAUGGAUACAAAUGAAGGUGACGCAUUAAAUAACACAUCUCAGAGUAUUGUGAAGCGGUUACGCUAUGAUGAAAUAGUUGCUACUGAAAGCAGCAGUAAAAAGGGAGCAGCUCUAGGUCCGGAUUGGCAUCGUCAUUUUGACUUGAAAGGAACAGAUUCAAGCGUAAGCAAGCCUAUAAUACAUUUCAAGUCUUUAGUGAAGGACAUGAGUGAAUACUUUGAUUCUGAUAGGAAUAAAACUCUGAUGAAAGUUGAACUUAAUACCGGCGAAGUUAUUGUGUGUGAUUUUCUUGUAUCAGCUACUGGUGUCGAUCCACGUCUCGAUUACAGUUGUGAACCACAAUUGGACGUUGAUGCGGAAGAUCUUGGUAUUCGAGUAAACGAAAUGAUGCAGACAUCUUGCGAAUAUAUAUACGCCGCUGGUGAUGUAUGUACGGCUGCGUGGGAAAAAGCUGAGCACUGGUUUCAAAUGCGUUUGUGGACACAAGCUCGACAGAUGGGUUCAAUGGCUGGAAGAAGUAUGGCUGCACAUCAUAAUGGAGAACAAAUUUAUCAAGAUUUUUGUUUCGAGCUCUUCGGCCACGUUACACAUUUAUUCGGCAUGCCCGUCAUUCUCUUGGGACGUUAUAAUGGACAAGGCUUGGGUAUAAACUAUGAAGUACUACUGCGAACUACUCCCGGUCACGAAUAUAUAAAAUUUAUUUUACAAAACGGCAAAUUACGUGGUGUGAUACUAAUUGGAAAUACAGAGUUGGCAGAAAUGUGCGAAAAUCUUAUUCUCAAUGGCAUUGAUUUAACGCCAUUCGGCGAUGAUAUUCUUAAUCCUGAUAUAGAUAUUGAUGAUUAUUUCGAUUAAAAA